CGCACCCAUCUCGCUCCUCCUUGCACCGAUCCGCAAUCUCUCUCUCUCAAUCGCGCCGCAUAUAUAACCGAGCGCUUGCUGGAUUUAUCGACUGCCUUUUAAAUAAUGCUCGAGUAACGAAGACACCGUUCAGGGCCAAAGGGGACAAAAAUGAGUUGCGAAAACGAAGAAUUACCGCUGCCUUCCCCUACGACCGCGCAAGCGAUUAACGUUGUGUUCGAGGCAUCCACACAGACCCCCACAAACGAGGACUGCGAGUCGCCCCUGUUCACCCCCAAGGGGUAUUGUCUGAGGACCGCGGAGCACAGCAGCAGUGCGCUCAGUAAUAUACAAAAGAUGAAGCAGCAAGGACAGCUGUGUGACAUUACGUUAAAAAUAGGCUUAGAGAGGUUUAGAGCCCAUAAGGUCGUUUUAGCGUCGGUUAGCCCAUACUUUUUCGCCAUGUUCAACGGCGACAUGAAAGAACACGGCCAAACCGAAGUUACCAUCCACGACCUGGACCCCACGGCCAUCGAUCUCCUCAUCGAGUACGCCUACACCGGCCAAAUCGUCAUAACCCCGGACAACGUUCAAGUCCUCCUGCCCGCCAGCAGCGUCCUGCAGAUGCAGGAAGUGCGCGAAGCCUGCUGCAAAUUCCUCUUGAGGCAACUGCAUCCGACCAACUGCCUCGGAAUAAGAAGUUUUGCCGAUACUCACUGCUGCAAAGAGCUGCACCUCAAGUCGCACGUCUACGCCCUGCAGAAUUUCCAGCAGGUGGUGGCCACCGAGGAGUUCCUCCUUUUGCCCUUUGAGGAAGUCAAAGAGCUCAUUUCCAACGGCCAGUUGAACAUCUCUUCCGAGGAAGACGUGUUCACGGCCGUUUUGAACUGGGUUAAGCACGAUUUGGCCGAGAGGAGCCAGUUCAUUUCGCGGCUGAUGGUCCAUGUCCGCUUGCCCCUCGUCAACCGCGAGUUUCUCAUGACCCGAGUGGACAGCGAGCGCCUCAUCCGCGACGACAGCGAGUGCCGCGAGCUGCUACUGGAAGCCAUGCGUUACCACCUGGCCCCCGAGCGCAGGUGCGCCUUAUCCACCACCCGUACCAUCGAGCGCAAGCCGAAAGGGGCCGAUCCGUACCUGUUCGCGGUCGGCGGGGGCUCCCUCUUCGCUAUUCACGCCGAAUGCGAGGUCUACAACCCCAAAACCGACACGUGGUCGGUGAUCGCCCCCAUGCUGUGGCGCCGCUCGCGUUCGGGCGUUACCGGCUUGCGUCGGUUGCUGUACGUGGUGGGAGGAUACGACGGCAACUCGGAUCUGGCCACUGCCGAGUGCUACAACCCGCUGAUUAAUUCGUGGAGUCCGAUCACGCCCAUGGGGACGAAGAGGUCUUGUUUGGGAAUCUGCUCGUUCGACGGACUGAUUUACGUCUGCGGGGGCUACGACGGGGCGUCGUGUCUGAGCUCGAUGGAGCGGUACGACCCGUUGACGGGAAUAUGGUGCAGUUGUCCCGCGAUGAACACCAGGAGGCGCUACUGUCGCAUUGCGGUGGUGGAAAACUGUGUGUAUGCGCUCGGCGGUUUCGAUUCCACGAAUUAUCAGGCGUCGGUCGAGAGGUUUGAUCCGAGGGAGGGUACGUGGGCGCCUAUACCGUCGAUGUCGUCUAGGAGAAGCAGUUGCGGAGUGGUGGCUUACGACGGUCAUUUGUUUUGUAUCGGCGGCAAUGACGGGACCAUGUGCAUGUCGAGCGGAGAGAAAUUUAACGUUCGAAGGAACGCAUGGGAGCCCAUCACCGCCAUGCAUAAUCGAAGAUCAACCCACGAAGUAGUCGCCAUGGACGGAUUCAUUUAUGCACUAGGUGGUAACGAUGGGUCUUCGAGUUUAAAUUCUGUCGAAAAAUAUGACCCUAAAUUAAAUAAAUGGGCGGUGGUGUCCUCUAUGUCGAUUCGUCGAAGUUCGGUAGGAGGCGCUGUUUUAGACUGCAUAAAUAUCGAGUACGUCUUAAAGCAGACGAUGAGUUGAAUCAUAGUACAAAAGAAUCCGUGCAAUUAUACAAAUUUCGACGUUCUGUGAUAACAAAAAGAACCAAAAAUAUGAAACGAAGUUACGAGUAUUCUAAGUCAAAUAUUUUAUAUUUAUAUGGGGUUAAGCACUUGAUCGUGUUGAGUUUAUCGUGGGGCGCACUUUACUAUUUUAUUAUUUCCUACGCUGAGGAAUUUGAAACGGAAAAGUACAGUGGUGCCCCCUUUUAUGGUUAUUCAAGCUUAUAACCGCAUAUAUGGUUUAAGUAGUAUUCACAUUAGACCUUUGAUGUAUUCUAUUAAGCGAUGUAGUUUAUGUGCACAGU